GGGCGGACAGACCAGCCGGCAGGCACUGCUGAGUCUGGACGACCUCCGGCCGGCUGCGGGCGAAACGCUGCGCAGGAGCUGCUCGGCGCUCGAAGCCAGGCACCGGCGAGCUCCGGGGACCUUCCCUCCCCGCGCUGCGUCGGCGCAGAGCUGGCGCAUCCCGGGUGGCCCGGGCACCGCUGGCCGACUCCAGGUUCCCCGCGCGCCCCGCGGCAGGGGCAGCGACGAGAUGGUCGCGCGUGUCAGCUUCCUGCUGCGCGCCCUGCCGCUGCUGCUGUGGGAGAGGCUGGACGCCGAGCCUGCGGAGCGCGUAGGCCGGGAGCUGCGCGAGGAGGCGGAGGCUUUCCUGGAGAAGUACGGAUAUCUCAGUGACCAGGUGCCCAAAGCCCCCACCUCUGCUCAAUUCAACAAUGCCAUCAGAGAGUUCCAGUGGGUGUCCCAGCUGCCCAUCAGUGGUGUAUUGGACCGCACCACCCUGCACCAGAUGGCUCGUCCCCGCUGUGGCGUUGCAGAUACUGACAGCCAUGCAGCCUGGACUGAGAGGAUCAGUGCCCUUUUCGCUGGACGCCAGGCAAAACUGAGGCGUAAGAAACGCUUUUCAAAGCAAGGCAACAAGUGGUACAAGCAGCACCUCUCCUACCGCCUGGUGAACUGGCCUGAGCGCCUGCCCGAGCCGGCAGUUCGGGGGGCUGUGCGAGCCGCCUUCCAGCUGUGGAGCAACGUCUCAGCGUUGGAGUUCUGGGAGGCCCCAGCCACGGGUCCUGCUGACAUCCGCCUCACCUUCUUCCAAGGGGACCACAAUGAUGGGCUGGGCAACGCCUUUGAUGGCCCAGGGGGCGCCCUGGCGCACGCCUUUCUGCCCCGCCGGGGCGAAGCGCACUUCGACCUAGACGAGCGCUGGUCCUUGAGCCGCCGCCGCCGCGGACGCAACCUGUUCGUGGUGCUGGCGCACGAGAUCGGUCACACGCUCGGCCUCACCCACUCGCCCGCGCCGCGCGCGCUCAUGGCGCCCUACUACAAGAAGCUGGGACGAGACUCGCUCCUCAGCUGGGACGACGUGCUGGCGGUGCAGAGCCUGUAUGGGAAGCCCCUGAGGGGCUCAGUGGCAUUCCAGCAACCAGGAAAGCUGUUCACUGACUUUGAGGCCUGGGAACCCCGCAACUCCCAGGGCAGGCGCACUGAGACCCAGGGCCCUAAGUACUGCCACUCUUCUUUCGAUGCUAUCACCAUAGACAGGCAACAGCAGGUGUACGUCUUUAAAGGGAGCCACUACUGGGAGGUGGAACCUGAUGGCAAUGUCUCAGAGCCUCGCCCACUCCAGGAAAGGUGGGCUGGGCUGCCCCCCAACAUCGAGGCUGCAGCUGUGUCAUGGGAGGAUGGAGACUUCUACUUUUUCAAAGGGAGUCGAUGCUGGAGGUUCCGGGGGUCCCAGCCAGUGUGGGGUUUCCCACAGCUGUGCCGGGCAAGGGGCCUGCCCCGCCAUCCCGACGCGGCCCUUUUCUUCCCUCCUCUGCGCCGCCUCAUCAUCUUCAAGGGCGCCCGCUACUACAUGCUGGGUCGAGGGGGACUGCAGGUGGAGCCCUACUAUCCCCGCGGUCUGCAGGACUGGGGCGGCCUCCCUGAGGAGGUGAGCGGCGCCCUGCCAAGACCUGACGGCUCCAUCAUCUUCUUCAGAGACGAUCGUUACUGGCGCCUCGACCAGGCCAAACUGCGAACGACAGCCUCAGGCCGCUGGACCACGGAGCUGCCCUGGAUGGGCUGCUGGCAUGCCAACUCUGGGGGCACCCUGUUCUGAAGGCACCUCAGCACUGAAUGAG